CACAGCUCGACAUGGCAGGGACUUACAGAAGAAUCGAAUGUAUAUUUUUUAGUGAAUUCCACCCUACUUUGGGCCCAAAGAUCACAUAUCAGGUUCCUGAAGAAUAUAUCUCGAGGGAGUUAUUUGAUACUGUGCAAGUGUACAUCAUCACCAAACCUGAACUGCAGAACAAGCUGAUAACAGUGACUGCCAUGGAGAAGAAACUGAUUGGCUGUCCAGUGUGCAUUGAGCAUAAAAAGUACAGCCGGAAUGCUUUACUCUUCAACUUGGGUUUAGUGUGUGAUGCCAGAACAAAAACAUGCGCUUUAGAACCUAUUGUCAAAAAACUGUCUGGAUACCUCACAACUCUGGAGCUUGAGAGUGGAUUCAUCUCAAACGAGGAGAGCAAACAGAAGCUGUUGCCGAUCCUGUCCACACUUCUGGAAGAGCUGAAUGUUACUGGAGCCUGCACCCUACCCAUCGAUGACUCCAACACCAUCCACCUGAAGCUGAUUGAACAAAGGAAAGAUCCUCUUGUUGUUCAGGAGUAUGACGUGCCAGUAUUCAAACAGAAUAAGGACUACUUUAUAAAGUCACAGUGGGACCUCACCACACAGCAGAUCCUGCCCUUUGUAGACGGGUAUCGACACAUUCAGAAGAUCUCCGCCGAGGCUGAUGUUGAGCUUAAUUUGGUGCGGAUUGCUGUUCAGAAUUUAUUGUAUUAUGAAGUUGUAACACUGGUAUCCAUAUUUCAGUACUCCAAUGUUUACUGCACAACACCUAAAGUCCAAAACUUAAUAGAUAAUAAAUGCCUUCAGGAAGAGUGUCUGUAUUUUGUCAGUAAGCCAGGCCAAAGGACGAGUCUCAGGGAUGUGUUCCUCUUGUACUGUGGUUUGACCCCAGGUACAACCGUACGCGAUCUCUGUUCACGAUAUUCUCACCAGCUACAGCGGGUGGAUGAAAGGAAGUUGGUUCAGUUUGGCUUGAUGAAAGGUCUGAUUCGGCGGCUGCAGAAGUAUCCAGUCAAGGUUGUUCGAGAUGACAAGAGCCGCCCACCUAGACUUUAUACUGGCUGCCAUAGUUAUGAUGAAAUCUGUUGCAAAACUGGAAUGAGUUACAGGGAACUGGAUGAGCGCUUGGAGAACGACCCUAACAUUGUUGUUUGCUGGAAAUAAUGUAUAGACAAGAGUUAGGAUUAUGAUUUUGGAGAUUACAAUAGUUCAAGCAACGCAUUUGUGAAGUUAGACAAACAGAUUUUUUUGGCUGUCAAGACUUCAUACGGUUCUGAAUCAUAAUUGUACAUCAACUACAUCUCAUAAAUAUAUGAUGCUGCUGUCAUACGUCAAAAUAAGAACACACAUGCUUGCCGAGCAUCUUAAGAAUGCUGAAUCUUAAUAAAUGUAAAUAAUUAGUAAUGUGUGGAAGCCCAUUAUACCAUUAUAUAUUGUUCUAUAUAUUGUUAUUGGUUUUAAAAUGAGAGGCUUCUUAUGAUUCAUUAUGUGGCAUGUAUUGGUGUGGUCUGAUUGUAGACUGAAUAAAUAAUAAGCAGAUCUAAGU